GCUGGAGGGAAGGCAGGGAAGGACAGUGGGAAGGCCAAGGCCAAGGCGGUGUCGCGCUCCCAGAGGGCAGGGUUGCAGUUCCCUGUUGGCCGCAUCCACCGGCACCUAAAGACCCGGACUACCAGCCACGGGCGAGUGGGCGCCACUGCUGCUGUGUACAGCGCUGCCAUCCUGGAGUACCUGACUGCCGAGGUGUUGGAGUUGGCGGGGAACGCAUCAAAGGACUUGAAGGUCAAGCGGAUCACGCCCCGUCACCUGCAGCUGGCCAUCCGUGGGGAUGAGGAGCUGGACUCUCUGAUCAAAGCCACCAUUGCUGGAGGAGGCGUCAUCCCCCACAUCCAUAAAUCCCUGAUUGGAAAGAAAGGACAACAAAAAACAGCAUAG